AUGGAGAAGGUGCAGGGCAGACGUGAGCUCGGCGGCGGGAUGGAGGCCGAGGAGCCCGCAAGCCCCCACGAGCCGCUGUCGCCACCGUCGCCACAGUCGCCGCCUCCACCGCCGAAGCUGCUGUCACCUGCGGCUCCCCAGAGUCCCGAGCUGUCCCCACCGGAGGAGCCGUCAGAGGCCCACGCGCGGCAGCUGCUGCUUGAGGAGUGGAAGCCGCCGGGCGGGAGCCUGGAGCUGCCGCCGGGCCUUACCUGGAAGCUGCUCUUUCUGCGGCGGCCGCUCUACCGCAACCUGCUGCGCUCACCCAACCCCGAAGGCAUCAACAUUUAUGAGCCAGCACCCCCUACUGGGCCCACACAGCAGCCCCUGGAGACUCUGGGCAACUUCCGCGGGUGGCACAUUAGGACUGAGAAGGUCCAGCGUAACUGCAGCUGGACGGUGAAGCAGCAGUGUGUGGAUCUGCUGGCCGAGGGGCUGUGGGAGGAGCUGCUCGACGACGAGCAGCCGGACAUCACGGUCAUGGACUGGUAUGAGGACAGCCGGCUGGACGUGUGUGUCUACGAGCUGCACGUCUGGCUGCUGGCAGCUGACCGCCACACCACCAUUGCGCAGCACCACGUGGCCCCCCGGACCUCUGGGAGGGGCCCUCCUGGCUGCUGGGUCCAGGUGUCGCACGUGUUCCGCCAGUACGGCCCUGGUGUGCGCUUUGUCCAUUUCCUGCACAAGACAAAGAACCGGCUGGAGCCUGGUGGGCUGCGGCGGACAAGGGUGACUGACUCCUCCGUGUCUGUGCAGUUCAGGGAGUGA